GGAGUUGGUGCCCCGCCCCCCAGGCCUUGGCGGGGUCAUGGGGGGCCCCCGUUUUGGGCCGAGGGGCGUGCGAGUCGGGGCCCUGCUGCUGCUGGGGUGUUUGGGGCUGGUGUCUGGGCUCAGCCUGGAGCCUGUCUACUGGAACUCAGCGAAUAAGAGGUUCCAGGCAGAGGGUGGUUACGUGCUGUACCCCCAGAUUGGGGACCGCCUAGAUCUGCUCUGCCCCCGAGCCCGGCCUCCUGGUCCCCACUCUUCUCCUAAUUAUGAGUUCUACAAGCUGUACCUGGUUGGGGGUGCCCAGGGCCGCCGGUGUGAGGCGCCCCCGGCCCCCAACCUCCUUCUCACUUGCGAUCGACCCGACCUGGAUCUCCGUUUCACCAUCAAGUUCCAGGAGUACAGUCCUAACCUCUGGGGCCACGAGUUCCGCUCCCAUCACGAUUACUACAUCAUUGCUACAUCUGAUGGAACCCGGGAAGGCCUAGAGAGCCUGCAGGGGGGUGUGUGCCUAACCAGAGGCAUGAAGGUGCUUCUCCGAGUGGGACAAAGUCCCCGAGGAGGAGCUGCCCCCCGAAAGCCUGUGUCAGAAUUGCCCAUGGAGAGAGAACGAGGGGCGGCCCACAGCCUGGAGCCCGGGAAGGAGACUGCACCAGGUGACCCCAGCAGCAAUGCAACCGCCCGGGGUGCUGAAGGCCCCUUGCCCCCUCCCAGCAUGCCCGCUGUGGCUGGGGCGGCAGGGGGGCUGGCGCUGCUCUUGCUGGGCGUGGCAGGGGCUGGGGGUGCCAUGUGCUGGCGCAGACGGCGGGCCAAGCCUUCGGAGAGUCGCCACCCUGGUCCCGGUUCCUUUGGGAGGGGAGGGUCUCUGGGCUUGGGAGGUGGAGGGGGACUGGGACCCCGGGAGGCAGAACCUGGGGAGCUAGGGAUAGCUCUGCGGGGAGGUGGGGCUCCAGAUCCUCCCUUCUGUCCCCACUAUGAGAAGGUGAGUGGCGACUAUGGGCAUCCUGUGUAUAUUGUGCAGGAUGGGCCCCCCCAGAGUCCCCCGAACAUCUACUACAAGGUAUGAGAGUGCCUCCCACC